UAACUAUAAACACUGAGAUCAUCCACCUAGUGGAUGAAAACUGGUCAAAACUGUUUAACUCCCCUUUGGCAGACCCUGCUGCCUGGCUGGGAGCAGAUUGGGACCACAGCCACUUCCUGUUGUUAGUACAUAUUUUUAUUACGAAGUUGAGAGAUGACAGAGGAGAAGGAACAUGUGGACGAGGUAGCACCCCAGCAGGAAGAGUUAUCUGCCGAGGAUGUCCCAGUAGAAAAUCCGGCAGCCGGGGAAGAUGCAGAAACGUUGGCCACAGAGAGCUCGCCACUCAAUGUGGAAAAGAAGGAGAAUGGAGAGUGCGACUCCGUGCUGGGGGCUGAAGCGAAGAAGGCCAGUGAUGGGGAUCCAGAGGACCCCGUUAAACCCUCAGAGGAGAGCAAAGCGUUUGAGCCACCAGAAGGUGGCUGGGGAUGGAUUGUCAUGCUGGCUGCCAUGUGGUGCAAUGGCUCUGUCUUUGGCAUCCAGAACGCCUGCGGGGUCAUGUUCGUCUCCCUUAUCAAAGAGUUUGGGUCAGAGGGCGACGAGCAACUAAUCUUUAAGACAGCAUGGGUCAGCUCCUUGUCUAUGGGAAUGAUCUUCUUCUGCUCUCCUGUGGUCAGCAUAUUUACCGACGUGUUCGGCUGUCGAGUGACAGCAGUGUCUGGAGCUGCCGUGGGUAUCAUUGGCCUUCUUUCCAGUUCUUUUGUGAGCUCAUUGGGACCUCUCUAUUUCACCUAUGGUAUUUUAUUUGCCUGUGGUUGCUCCUUCGCUUACCAGCCAUCCCUUGUCAUCCUGGGACAUUAUUUCAAGAAGCGACUGGGGUUAGUUAAUGGUAUAGUCACUGCAGGCAGUAGCCUGUUCACAGUCUCAUUGCCCUUCAUCCUGAGAUAUAUGCUUGAUGUGAUUGGACUGUUUAACACAUUACGUGUCCUGUGUGUCCUCAUGUUGAUUCUCAUGUUGGCGGGAUUCACUUAUAAGCCACUUGUACCAAGACGCGGGGACCUACAGUUUAAAAGGAACGGCAAGAUUCAUUUUCCAUCAUGCUCAAAACUGUUCAAUUUCUCCAUCUUCAAAAUUAAGAGUUACUCUAUUUGGGCCUUUGGGAUCCCAGCAGCACUUUUUGGCUACUUUGUGCCUUAUGUUCACUUGAUGAAACAUGUGAAAGAGAGGUUAGGGGAAGAUGUCAAUGAAGAAAUUCUCCUGCUAUGUAUUGGUGUUACCUCUGGGGUUGGAAGACUGAUCUUCGGGAGAGUUGCUGAUUACAUCCCCGGGGUCAAAAAGGUGUAUUUGCAGGUCAUUUCCUUUUUUUUCAUUGGACUGAUGUCAAUGAUGAUCCCUGUGUGCCACAACUUUGGAGGUUUAAUCGCCGUUUGUCUGUUUAUGGGCCUGUUUGAUGGAUGCUUCAUAUGCAUCAUGGCCCCAAUUGCAUUUGAGCUUGUUGGUGCAGAAAAUGUGUCUCAAGCCAUAGGGUUUUUAUUAGGAUUCAUGUCCAUCCCCAUGAUUGUUGGUCCACCUGUUGCAGGUAUUCUGCGUGAUAAAAUUGGCUACUAUGAUGUGGCAUUUUACCUGGCGGGCAUUCCACCAAUCAUUGGCGGAGCUAUAUUAUGUUUGAUCCCAUGGAUCCAUGAAAGAACUUUGAAGGAAAAUGCAAAAUCUCUCAAUGUAGACACAGAGGAGAAAAUGUUGGAUAAUCAUACCAGCGCAUUCCUUCCCGGAACCGCUGAGGAUAUAAAGAAAGAAGACGUAUCAGUUAUAUAAUCGCCACGCUUUGCAAAAACAGAGUGCUCUGACUUUUUGUUUUUUCUAUAUUUUCUUUUUCUUUUUUUAAAUGACAAUUACCAAAUGCUAAAACUGGUGCUACAAAGCCAAAGUCGUUUGAUCACACUGAGCUGUUUGCUUGCUCCUGCACUAUUCAUUGUUUUAAUAUGAACUCACUGAAAAUGAAAGCACACACGUGUCUGGAGCCAAGGAAGAAUUGUGAAGGCCAAACAAAGAAGCUGUUUUACUCAUACCUUCAAGCGGCUGACAUAAAUUACUUGAGGGUGUAUCACAAUUAUCCUUAUGUUCAAGUCAGGGAUGAUCAAUGAGUGCACACUCACUUUUCUCCUUAUGACAACCUUGCCUACAGAAUAUUUAGGAAUAGCGGUGGCAUUGUGCGAACAUGUUUUCCCUGAUUGUCAGUUUCCUUUAUUUCUUGUUGUAGUGUUCUUUUAUUGUAUACAAGACUAGGGAUUCUAUGGAACAUGCUUACCAUAAUAAGUGCAUUUAGUAAAUCUAUGGCAGUGCACUGUAUUUGAAACAAUUAAUAUUGAAACUAAUAGAAUGAUUCAACUGA